CACAUUGGAUUCUCGCCAGUCCAUGGCUAAUCUCACUGGAUUUAUUCUCCUUGGAUUCCCGAACCUUGCAGAGAAGUUCAAUAUCCCGGUCUCCAUCGCCCUAUUCGUGGUCUACCUCAUCUCCUUCUUCUCCAAUGGCACAGUCAUAGCUCUGAUUAUUUCUAAUCGGCGGCUCUACCAACCCAUGUACGUUCUCAUCUUAAACCUGGCCAUCUCUGAUCUGCUCUUCGACACAGUGACAUUGCCGAAGAUCAUUGCCAAAUAUUGGUUUGAAGAUGCAUCCAUCUCAUUUGCUGGUUGUAUUUUCCAAGUAUUUUGCGCUCAUUUCCUGGGGAGCUUCGAUUCAUACAUCCUCUUACUGAUGGCUAUUGACCGCUAUGUGGCAAUCUGUAAGCCUCUGAGAUAUCCCUCCAUAGUCACCAAUAGACGUACAAUCCUGUUUUGCUGCUUCUUCUGGUGUUUCACGUCUUUGAUCGGCUUGGUCAUUGCCCUCCUGGACGCCACUGUUCCUUACUGUGGAGCAAAUAAAAUCCCAAGCUGCUACUGCACCAACACUGGGGUCCUGUCCUUGGUCUGUAAAGACGUGACCCUCCUCAAACGUCUUACUUUCGGGAUUGCCAUGUUUGUCCAUCUGCUUCCAUUAUCCUUUAUCCUUUUCUCCUAUGGAGUUAUCAUCAAGGUCAUCAUCUCUCAGAAUGACAAUCGGAGGCGGGCGUUUUAUACCUGCGCCACUCACCUGUGUGUAAUCGGAUUGUAUUUCAUCCCAAGGAUAUUUGUGUAUAUUGCCAAUCAAGUCAAGCUGAUCCUCAAUGAUGAUAUCAACGUCCUCAUCCUCUGUAUUUAUAGCUACGUACCCCAUAUGGCCAACCCCAUUAUAUACUGUCUUAGCACUAAGGAAAUCAGAAGAACUCUUAAAAAUAUGGCCAAGAGGAGGAUCUUGAUGAAAACACUUCACCUUUCUGUGAUAAAUACCGUUACAAAAUAA